AUGGACGAGAUCGUCGCAUCUACUGAUGCAGUGCAGCUUGCCAACAGCAUGGACAAGGUUUUGCCCGGAACGCCGCAACACGAAGCUCUGGAAACUCCGCAGUGCCGGUUCUGCUUGGAGGAAGGAUCGGCUGAGGAUUUCAUAAUUCCAUGCAAAUGCGAAGGCACAAGUCGAUUCGUACACGAAAGUUGUUUGCGACGCUGGCAAUCCGAAGCGUUGAGCUAUGAACAUGCGCUCAUAUGUCAAGCGAUAUCGUGUUGGGUUUCAACCUACGCAUUUGUGUCGCUCGGCUCCAAGCGUCAUCGCAUCGGUGGGCACACAGCCAAAGCUCAGCGCUAUGGCGCCGAAGGCCACAAGGCCUGCAAGGCCUGCGAGGCACAGGGCGCUUGGCCCAAUGGGACUUUGCGGCUUCUGCGGAGCGACUUUCCCGACGUAGUGACAGUGCGGACUGCGAGAUUCAACAUGUCGGUGUGCAACCAGCAUGCCAUGAAUCAUGAAGCUUUGAGUUUGGCCUUCACAGGCUUCCGUCCAUGGCAACCUGCGAUUCGGCCGGUUUUCAGGCAAGCAGGUGUUGGUGGCCCAUACCCAGAACUAUGCGUCUUUGACCUGGAUGCUUGUUUGUGGGACAAGGAGAUGUACGAGAUGGAGGCCAUACCAAAGGACAGUGAUGUUGUCCUUGGCGACCUGUGUGGACGUGGUGAAGGCGUCACUGGCGUCAUGAGCGGUGCAGAUAAGAUUUCAUUGCACAAAGGAGCAAUGAAAGCUUUGCAAAACCAUGCGGAUGGUAAAUAUCCAGGCAUGAAGAUAGCUGUGGCCAGCAGCGCAGACACCCCUUUCGCUGAGAAAGUUGGUCGCAAGGCACUAUCACUUCUGGAGGUGUUGCCCGGCGUAACAGUCUGGCAGCUCCUUUUGCGAGACUGGGAGGGGAAGGACGUCAAUCAGAUUGGCCGCCAGCCUCCCUUGUCCUCGAACAAGGCGAGGACACACUUUCCGCGAUUGAAGGAGGCCACGGGUGUGUCGUACGACAGAAUGCUUUUCUUCGAUGAUUGUCUUUGGGGCGAUCACUGUGGCAUGGUCGCGCAGGCCUGCCGCGAAACGAACGGCAAAGGGGUGGUGACAGUCAGGACACCGAGCGGGCUUGGAGAACGUGAGUGGGACCGUGGUCUUACGAUGUAUGCAUCAGCCGGUCGCUAA